ACGCAUAAUAUUUAAAGGAAUAAAUCAAACAGAACAAUCUGACGCUAUUCUUUUCAUAAAAGUAUCACAAUGCUUGAUAAAAUUCUUUAUAACACCGUUUUAUGCCAAACAUUUUCACCUUGCGGUAAAUAUUUAGUGGCCGGUAACAUUUACGGACAAGUAGCUGUAUUUGACCUCGAUAAAAUACUAAAUCCAAUCGUAGAACUCCUUACGUCUGACUACAACAAGCCCAAACAAAUCUAUAAAAUUGAGUCUGGAAAACAAAUAUGCAGCUUGGCCAGUUCAGAGAAUUUUCUCAUUAUUGGAACAGUCAAUGAAAUUACAGGCCGGGAAUGGAAGGCAGCAGUUUCCGGAAAAUGGUCCAAACCAUCAUGGACAAUAACUAUACCUAUGAAGUCCUCCAUGGAACAAUCUGAUGUGAACAGCUUAUGGCUCUCUGAAGACCAGUCCAAACUGUUUGCUGGAUGUGGCGACAACAAUAUUUAUGCUUUUAACCUAGAGGAUGGCAGAUUGGUGACAACAUUUAAGGGUCAUAAUGAUUAUAUUCAUAGCAUACAUGGCAAGGCGCAGCAGCUUAUAUCUGGCGGUGAAGAUGGUCUAGUCAUGCUUUGGGAUGAGAGGACCGGGAAGUCUAAUAACAAACUGGAGCCCCAUGCCAACAGUAAAGUUAGCCGGCCGGAGGUUGGCAAGUGGAUCGGGGCUGCGUCUUUGGGAGAUGACUGGAUUGUAUGCGGCGGCGGCCCCCGCCUAGCCCUCUGGCACCUCCGCUCCCUCGACCCCGUGACCACGUUCGACCUCCCCGACCGCGGCAUCCACGUCGCCUUCUUCCACGACGAUUGCGUAUUCGCCGGGGGCGCCACCAAGCACCUCUACCAACUUUCAUACUCCGGUGACAUUAGGGUUGAACUGCCAGUAUCUGCGACCACUGUGUAUUCGGCGGUGCUAAAGACUAGCCCCAAUGUGUUGGCUAUUGCGGGGUCUAGUCCGGAAAUAGAUCUGUGUACGACGUUUACUUAUAGAGAUCAGGUGCUGCAUUUCCGGUAAGUUGUAAGCAAAGCAGGUACAGAUGCAAAUAAACUAUU